AUGCAAGCGUAUCGAACGGAGUUAUUGACGCUAGAUCUGCACGUCAAAUCGAGCCAGACUACAAAGCUUGGCGCUCAUUCGAACAGGGACGUCUUUGGUAUAAUACGGCAGAUUGUCCUAGAUGCGCUUUACGAGCAUACCGAACCGAUGGGGUGCUCGCGAAAACGAUCUGAGGUGCCCUCACUGUGUGAAACUUGCGAGGCGGAUUGUGUAUACCCCAACAUGCCUGCGAGCAGAAUGCUCAGAGGACUGACAAGCCAGUUAUGCCAUGGAUUUGUGCCACAUCGAGAAUUUGCCACCACUACCAGUGUGUUUCCACCGAAGACAAACAAUCGCCAUGACAACAAGACGCAACGCGGGACCGUUGAGAUCCUAGAUGACCUGAUGCUGAUGACACCAAACUCUGAAUCCGACGAUUUUCGAGAAACUUGUCGCGAUAAAUUCGAGGUCAGGAGGCGAUUCUGGUUCUCGGCAGGUACGAUUCCACUCAUUCCUCGAAAGCGAUGUUUCCCCGAAUCGGCGGCGGAGACGAGAGGGAGCGAGGAUUGGCUGGGAGAUUUCUCCGCGAGCACACUUUAUUCCAUGGUUCUUGACUGGCCCGCUCGGCCAAAUGUGCCUGCGGAUAACAAAGUCGCCCGCAAAAUGGUCACAUAUGGUGCUGGUCUGAUGGGGUACCAUCGAGGGAGCAAAACCGUGCCCGGUCAGGACAGCGCAAUGAUGAUCCUUUCUGGGCUUUGCCCUCUGCAAUACCGUCCUAUGGCUUCUCCAGGGCCUGUGAUCGAUCUGCUGAACACCCUAAUGAGGAACUGA